ACCACUUGCUGAGGGAAAACUUUACGAAUGGAGCGGUUACAGAGAAUGUUCGUCGGCACCGGAGGUUCAUUGGGGCACCCGCCGCCGGACUCCCCCACUCUUGAUUCGUCGGAGCAGGUCUACAUCUCCUCGCUCGCGCUUCUGAAGAUGCUUAAGCACGGAAGAGCUGGGGUUCCCAUGGAGGUGAUGGGUCUGAUGUUGGGGGAAUUUGUUGACGAGUACACCGUGCGCGUGGUCGAUGUAUUUGCUAUGCCGCAAAGUGGUACGGGUGUCAGCGUCGAAGCUGUUGAUCAUGUAUUCCAGACCAAUAUGCUUGACAUGCUUAAACAAACUGGACGGUAA